AUGGCGAAUCUGUCGAGAGCAGCCGAGUUCAGAAAGGAAUACUUCUAUAGAAACAGUUUAGCAGAACAAAGUAGACAAAAAGAAAACAAGGCUGCAAUCGACAUCCAGAGCUGGUUCCGAGCCUGCAAAGUUCGGGCUUACAUCAGGCAUCUGCACAAGAAAGCCGUCAUUAUACAGAAGAUAUGGCGAGGCUUCAGAGCAAGGUCACGAUUCAGACAAAUGGUGAAGGCGGCAUAUUUUAUCAUGAAGAUGAAUUUCUACGGGGAGAUGGCGGUCAGAGUAAAUAUCACACUAGUGUCUUGA